GAUGCUGCUGAAGACGGCAUCACUAAGGCCUUUGCAAAUACUAAUACUGCUGCCGAACAUUAUGUUUAUUAUAAUCUACGACAUUCUCCGAAUCACCAGUUCCCUGUCCGGUUGCAGGCUCAUGGUUGGGAGCGGCUAGAAGCUGAAUUUGUCCCCGACACCGAACAGCAUAAAAAGCUUGCAGUCCUCAGCGGCUGAAACUCUCAAUCCAUUCGAGUUCCGGCUUCGUGCUCACCAGAAAGAGAGAGAGAGAGAGAAAAUAACGAUUCCAGAUUUGAGAGCGAAGCGUUUGCUUGGCCCAUUCCAUUGGUCCAUUUCCCCCACUCCCCCCACACCGCCUCAUUCUUUCCCGAAAAGGACUCGGGGCUUCAGACCAUGAGCGAGUUGCUGAAGUCGCCCCCGAACGAACUGCUGCUGGUCACCUCCACCCUGUAUAACAUCCCUCACAAGAUCGAUCCGGCCGAGCGCUCUCACGCCCCGGACGAGUCGCCCAGCCCCACCCCGUCAGGCAAGUCGAGGAGUAAGAAAGAUCUGUCCGAGGACGAGCAGUUCCUGCUGAGGAAGAAGAUCAACAGCCGGGAGCGCAAGAGGAUGCACGACCUGAACGUCGCCAUGGACGCCCUGAGAGAUGUCAUGCCUUACGCCCACGGCCCCUCGGUGCGGAAACUGUCCAAAAUCGCCACGCUGCUGCUGGCCAGGAACUACAUCCUGAUGCUGACCAGCUCCCUGGAGGAGAUGAAGCGGCUGCUGGGCGAGAUGUACGGCAGGAGCGGCUCGGCAACCCGCCUGGGCCAGCUGCCCGUGCUGACCGCCGCCGGGGGCUCGCUGCUGCUUGGGGCCGCCCCUUCGCUCUUGACCCUCGGCAGCCCCCGCCACUCGUCCCCUGGCAUCAAGUGCCCUCUGACUCCGGACGAUCAACCUUGCUUCCAACAGUGGCCCGGCUCUCCCUGUGCCUGCGCGGCCUGCAGGUUUCACUGCCUCCCAUCCGGCCUCAGUGCUCCCACUCACCAGGCCAGAUUUCCCAAGUGAUGCUGGAAUUCACCGGUGGAACUCCGCACUCGGACUUUACUCAAACUGUUCAUUGUGUGUAAAAAAAAAAGCGUGCGAAUGGUUUUAAAAAGAAAUAGAUGUGUACGGAUCUGGGCUAGAAUAUUUUCUCUACAUAAUAAACACUUGCCGAAUUUCACUGUUGACACUAAUGCUUAGGGUUAGUAAAUGGAUUAGGAUUUCAUUGAUGUUAUGGCCAAAGCUACUCACUACUUUAGGAUUAUCCGGAUAGCUUUCCAGUCUAUCUCCCCGCGCGACUCCAUCACAGAGCCUUCCCAAUGUAGGUAUUAGACUACAGUAAUCCGCAGGUGUCAGGCUGGAGAGACUGAAACAACCAAGUCAACUGUUUCUUUCGUUUUGUAUAAAGAAGUUUCAUUCUAAUUGCCGAAUAACCACAUUUCGAGCUCUUCUUAACAAUUGAACUGCUAUUUAUUAUCAACGUAUUAGCAACACCUCUUGUUUUAUACUUGAUCUCAUAAAUGCAUCCUUUUUAUAAAGAAAAGCUCUUGACAACUGAACCAUUACUGACGAAUGACUUGUUUUGUUGCCGAUUGUUAAUUAAAUUACAUGUAUUAAAUGUCCUGUACAGUUAUAUAUAUAUACAAUAAAUGUUUUG